UUUUUCUGGAAAACACAAACGCUGAUCAUGGCCAUCUUGAUCAGCGUCGUUCUUACAGGAGGAAGCGCGCUCGGGAAAAAGGAGAACGUAGAAAACAGUCUGGAAAGCAUCCACGAGGUGGCAACGAGGAGCUUGGGGUCGCUUUGCGUAACGGAGCAGUUCCGGUCGCUAAGUGUGCCCCUGGACACGCUGAUUUUCGAGUCUGCGCGUCAGAAGGCCGAUUUGGCCGCCACCUUGCUUCAAGAUUUGGGUGUCGCUCAUCACAACGGACUGCAGGACGCGAUCUCAAAGAACCUCCUGGUCUCGGACAAAAUGGUUCUUUCAGCGCGGGUUCUGGCCAUCAACGCGUCCACGGGGACGCUCGUUAAUUGCGCCUGGUGGCAGAGGCAAGGUUUGGAAAUGGGGGGACCUAAGAAGAUCAUCGAGACCGGAAUGGACGCGGGACACAGGCCCAACACGGAUUACCCAUGGUACGAAGACGCUGACUCCAGCCCAGGCUUGAGGUCCCCCAAGUUCGUGGAGAGUCCCCCAAACGUGGCUUACAAGGGGUGGUGGACUUAUCCAUACUACUCAUGUCUGGCAAGACGGUGGCUGAUAUCCUACAGUGUUCCAAUACCCCCACCAGGGCGUCGUGGGCUUAAGGGCUUCCUCAGUCUGGACGUCGACGUCUCCCACUUGGAAGUCAACCAGUGCGAGGCCAAGAGCAGCAAGCGCUUCUCCAACGAGAUCUCCGUGUUCCAUGGUUCGCACAAAUGCCACAAUUCAACAAGCGAGUGCGUUUAUCGUCCCAUACUAAACACCAUGUCUUGGACACGGGGCAGAUAUCAGUGCGCGUGUCGACCAGGAUUCUACUCGCCUCAUCACGACGGUUUAUUCAACGGGAGCUUGGUAGAAGUCGCUUGGACGGAAUAUGUGGAGAACAGCAGCCGCUCUUGGGAAACGAUUUUUCAGUGCAAAAGAUGCGCUCCUGGCUGCCAUUUCUGUAAAGACCCUUCUCCGUGUUUAGCUACAUAUCACUGGCCAUUUAGGAUCACUUUAUUGGUUUUUUCGAUUUUUUGUGUCCUGUGUACGAUCGUUCUCAACGUCUAUAUGUUCAAGCACCGGAAGUUGAAAGUGUUUAAGGUGGCGAGUCCUAUAUUUCUCAGUAUUACUCUCUUCGGUUGCGCUACAAUGUACUUAGAGAUGGCUGCCAUAUUUCCAGUAUUAGACAUGUACUCAUGCAUAGCCACGAAAUGGUCUCGGCAUUUGGGAUUUUGCGUUACAUACACCGCUCUGCUCAUGAAAACGUGGAGGGUCUCCCUGACGUACCGCGUCAAAUCUGCGCACAAGGUGAAACUGACGGACAAACAGCUGCUCCAGUGGAUGGUGCCCAUCCUCCUGGUCAUGCUGAUCUACCUGGGGACCUGGACGCUUUCGGACACGCCAACCGCUGAGGAGAUAAUGGAUAACGAUAGCCUAAGGUUCAAGCAAUGCACAUAUAACUGGUGGGAUCAUAGCUUGGCUAUAGGGGAGGUCCUGUUCCUCGCCUGGGGCAUCAGGGUCUGCUACAAUGUCAGGAACGCGGAGUCCCUCUACAACGAGGCCAGGCUAAUCACUUACGCCAUUUACAACAUCGCCAUCGUGAACAUCAUGAUGAUAGCCUUCCAAUUGGUCAUAAGGGUGUUGAAGGGUCAGGGCGAUCAGUGGGACAACAGGGCCAGAUCCAGGGGCGUGACGGCUUCUUUUUCCCUCAACGGGAUCGGGCUUGUCCCGGAGGAGGCCCCGGAUUUGUACCAGGAGAACGAGGAGUUAAAGGAGGAAAUCCAGAAGCUGGCGGCCCAAAUAGAGUUCAUGAAGAUAGUCCAUAUGGAAAUGAACAACAGACACGUGAAGCCAAAGUCUGGCGGUUAUUUUACGACUCUAAACGCCCCAACUGUUGUCCACAGUCCUCUUACCAAGCAAGGCUGCAUCUUGAGUCAGAGCAAACCGCCAGAGGAACUGUGA